CCUGAUGAUGCCUCUUCUUAUCGCUACAACAAAAGCAGAUCUCACGACCAAAUCGGACUGGGACACGCCUGGAAGAUCUGUUGCACCGUCAAUCCGGAUUGCAUACAUUGUGUUUUCUGCUCAUUUCCGGUCUCCGACUUCCGGCAGAGUCGCAGUGAGCUGAGCUGAAAUCUUUUAUAUCAGAGAGAAGGGAGUGUCGGAGCGGGAUUAAAGGGUUUCUCAGGUGUGAACAGGAACCAGGCAGAUUGCAGAAGUGUCCUUCUGUGAGACAGAUAGACCUGCCGUCAGUUUGGUCACACUCAGAAAACCGUGAUGGGGAUGAACGAGAAGGACAGAGCUCAGAGUUUCCUGAAAAGUUUUGUGGAGCAGUUUGAGAACCCGCUGGGCCAAGAUGACCCGCUUCCUCUCGCUCCACUCAGCCGCACUGUGACCCUGGAGGAGGUGAAAGGUGAAAGCCUGGACCUGGGGCUUCGGCUGCUGUCUGCAAGGAACGCCCCUGGCUGGUUGAGUGCGUUGAUGUGCCAUGCUGCGGUCACUGAGCUUCUGAAAGAUGACCUUUCACCUUUCCACUGCCCUAAAGACCCUGAACAGCAGCAGGAGGGUGAAGCAGAAACAGUUUUGCUGCAGUCUGAGCCUGUUCAGCGUCUGUUUAUCAACAAGCUGAGAGAAGUGGGAGUGGCCUGGCAGAAACAGCUACCCAAUCCAACGCCUCGGUCCUCGCGGUCCCGCCUCUGCUCUGUCCACGCCAUUCGGAACACACGCAGGAAGAUGGAGGAUCGUCACGUGAUACUGCCUGAGUUUAACCAGCUUUUUGGGUUACAGGACGGCGUGGAGCGUGAGUACUACGCCGUGUUUGAUGGUCAUGGAGGAGUCGACGCUGCCACCUACGCUUCUACUCACCUGCACGUCAUCCUCAGCCAACAAGAAGCACUGAAGAGUGACACCAGCACGGCCUUUAAAAACUCCUUCGUACAAACAGACGAUAUGUUCAAGAUCAAGGCCAAGAGAGAGCGCAUGCGCAGUGGCAGUACGGGUGUGGCUGUGUUGCUGGCUGCUGAUUGGCUGACGGUGUCCUGGCUGGGCGACUCGCAGGCCAUGGUGGUGAAAAAGGGCGAGCCCGUCAUCCUUAUGGACCCCCAUAAACCUGAGAGAGAGGAUGAGAAGAAGAGAAUAGAGGAGCUGGGUGGCUGCAUCGCCUUCAUGGGCUGCUGGCGUGUUAACGGGACAUAUGCUGUUUCCAGGGCAAUUGGUGAUUUCGAUCAGAAGCCGUACGUGUCCAACGCGGCAGACUGCUCCUCGGUUCAGCUGAGUGGAGAUGAGGACUACGUCCUGCUGGCGUGUGACGGUUUCUUCGAUGUUUUGCGGCCGGCUGACGUUCCUGCUCUGGUUCUGGAGGCCCUGCGUGAGGCUGGUGGCUCGGGGGAGAACGUCGCUCAGAGCCUCGUGGCUCAGGCUAAAGCUGCGGGCUCCAGCGACAACAUCACCGUCCUGCUGGUGUUCCUGCGCGAGCCACGGGACCUCCUACUCUCAGAGUCGACGGCAGGGCAAGUGUGAGAGAGCACACAGGAAAGAGAGACAGGAGUGUUAGAGCAGACCACUAGAGGGCUGAUGAUCUCUUACAGUGAGAGCCAUCUCACUGUAUCUGACACUGAGGCAUCACACUGCUCAGUGUCAUACUUUAAUAAUUAAGGUCAUCGAAGAGCAAAAUGAUGUCAGUGUAGUUCUUAAUAUCAGAGAAACAGUGUUUUUUUUAUGUUAAAAAGUGAUGCCUUUUAUUUGACAUUUUUACAGCCUUAUUUUCUAUUAUACCAUUUUUACAUGCAUAAAGAUUGUCACUAUUUUUGAAUCUUAAUCAAGAGGCAUCAUCUUUUUUUUUUUUUUUUUUUUUUUUUUUUUUUUUUUUUUUGACAGAAUGCCAGACAGUUUUAAUUCCUCAAGUUAUCUUUGCCUUGACAUACUGACUGUUCAUGAUUUCCCAGGUGCUUAUUGUUCCCAAAAGGCUGUGAUACCGUUCUUAUAGGUCUCUUAGGGAUCACCGUUGUCUGAUUAAAAAGAUCGCAGUAAUGUUAACAACACUGCAUAAAGUGUGAACGCAUCAGUUGCGAAGUUAUUUUCGUAACAUUAGCAAGGUGUUGGGUUCAUUUUUCUGUUAAGAUGUAAUGGUUGUGUUGCAAGCCUGUGCUUUAUUGUAUUUUAUUUUUACGUUUAUUUAUAGCUGUUACAACGCAGUAUAACAUUAUAGGGCAUACCAGUCUGUAUUGGUCAAAGUAUCAUGCUUUGAAGAUAAAAUGCACAGUCAGUUUUGUCUUCUUAACAACGUCAGUGUUUUUGCAUUUUAAUUUUUUAAAUGUUUUAAUAUGCAUUUGUUGAUGACAUGAACUGUUAGCAGCCUUUCAGUGCCAAAAAACAUUUUGCAAGAGUCUAACUUAGCCAGGAGUUCUUUGUGUAUGUGAUCUCCUUCAGUGUAUAUGUAUAUAAUUAAUAUAUUUAACUUAAAGGAGCGGUUUGUAAUUUUUAGAGCUUUUAUCUGCCUGUGAGCUGAACUGCAGUUGCAGCAAUAAUAUUCAUAAACUCCACUUCCUCUGUUAAAUCUACAUGUUUUGUGAGGUUCCUUUUAAAAUAAAGUGGAAGAGUGAAUUUCAGGACCAGAAAAAUGUAAAAAGUUCCUCGAAUUUAGGAAAAAAAAAACCCAAAAAAACAGCCAAAUCUGUGGCGUAACAAUAUUGCAAAUCCCUAUCAAAAAAUGUAGUUUUCUGAAAGUAUUUUUGAAACAGUGUGAUUAUUACAGGCCUAGAAACCCUUCUAAACAUUACAGACUACACCUUUAAUCCUUUUUCUCAUUGAACGCAGUGUUGAUCGUGAUUAACGUGUAGUGUAGGUCAGUUUUCCAGGCAUUAAUUAAUCCUAAUUCCAGACUGAGACAGACUUUUGAGUCCAAGCCUGGAAAAACUGCUCCUCCAAGCAUUUUAGUUUCUCCAAACACUAGUUUAAUGUUUGUGUGUUUGUGUUUGGGGAAAGUUGCAGCCAGGCCGGCUUGCUGUCAGGCCACAGGUCCUGCAUGCACUGGGCCGUCUCAUGUUACCGCCCGUUCACAUGUCAUGAAUAUUUGAAAGCCUUGUGACAUGGAGCUAAUAUGACUGGAGCGUGGCUUUAACACGAGCAGGCUAAGAAUAGAGCUAACUAUAUAGAGAGAGGAGGAAGGAGAAAGUGUUGAUUUAGUGAUUUGGUGUAUAGAAAAUGCCGAGGACAUUGACGUGCAGUGAUUCUUUCACAUUUCACGUUAAUAUUUUUAAUCUGUUUUAACAAUCUUGUGUAUGACUGGGAAUACCUGGCUUACAUUACCUUCUACCUGCCUCAGAAAUGUUUCUUUAGAGUUGCUCUUCUGCCUAGCGUUGCAAUUUGCAAUGAAGAUUAGACAUUUUGGAGUGAUGUAUGUGUGUGUGUGUGUGUGUGUGGUGUUUUUUUUUUUUUUUUUUUUUUUUUUUUUUUUUUUUAAAUUGACUCCUUUUUUAAAUCUAACAAUUCUGUACAAAAUCUGCAUUUUGUAUGUCAAUAACUGACUUAAAUGAUCUUGUAUCUGUCUCAGUAGUGAUGUCAUGGUUGCCAUGGUUACUGGUAUAAAUGGACCAGCAGGGCUAACCUCUCUUGUCUUUCAAAGAUCGAAAGACAUGAAUAGAGGUUUUCAUUUUUGGCAUCCACACCAGAUUAUUUCCUGUUAACGAAUGUCUUAAAGUGAAAUAUUUUGGAUUUUUUUGGAACCAGGAGCAACAGCAUCACUAAUGGUCGUAAGAAAAAUAUACUGAAUGGUAUAAAGAAGUGACUCUGGGGCUGAUUUCUUUCUAGCUCACACUGUAGAUUCAUGCAUCCUAUCAGCCUCUAUGUUCUUUGUUGAAUUAUUGAUGAUUAAAUUUGAGCCCUAAAAUUUUAGGUUAGCAGAAUUUUUUUUAAACUCCCAUUUCUUUCUUUUUUUGGAUUUUCCCACAUUUUUCUCCCCAAUUUGCUCACCUGCCAAUUCCCACCCGCCAGCCAGCCCUCUCCAAUCUUACGACAGCUACCAACCGGGAAGGGGUGAAGACUAGCAUAUGCGUCUGAGACAUGUGAAACCAUCGUCUUUUCAAACUGCUGCUCAUGAUGCAUCACAGGGCAGCAGAACACACUCAGAGAAAAGCGCAAUCUGCCCUCUUCUGCAUACAUGAGCUCAUGGACGCUCUCGAUUGGUUAGUGUCGCUGUGAUUGACAGUAGAGAGAGAGAAUGCCAUCCCUCCCACCCUGAGAUCACGGACAAUUUUGCGCCCUUGGCUCCCGGCAAUGGCUUGCUAUGGCAAUGUCGGGAUUUGAAUUUACAAUCUCCCGACGAUUAUUCGAAAGCUCUUCUGUUGCACCACUGAUUUCUAGAACAAGUUUCCUGAGAACAUUUCGAAAUGUUCCCGCAGCAUUUUUAGUGAACUAAUGUUAGUUGGUUUCUGUCUAACUGUAAACAUUGUGAAGUACAUCGUUAUCGUGCGAAGUCAGACGUUUUCAGAACAUUUCAGAAAUGUUAUUUUGUAACUUAACAGCCGAAUCUUCUUAGAUCCUGUUAAAUACGUGUCUGAAAGUUCGGAUAAUGUUGGGUGCUUUCCUGCUGUGUGUCAUGAUGUAGAAAAGCCCCAGAUUGAUCAGGAGUGUGAGUAUUUGACUUUGACCUGCUUUAAUUUGGCUAUCAGUUAUCUCUCUGCUGUUAGUCUUUACAGUCAUUGUGUGCCACUUGCAUAAUGUGGAAACUUAAUCUGUCUGAUCUCACAUUUCCGAUCAGAGUAGUAAUACUUCAUGACUUCACUGGCGGAGUAAUCAGACAGGUUUAGAUAAAACUAAUAUCCUGGUUUACCGAUAUGUAGUGUUGUCAUGGGCAUCAUCAAAACAUACUUUUUUGCAAUUGGUCGCAUUUUGUCUCCUCUCACGUAAAUCGUUUUUGAGCAGAGUUAACGUGUAUAAUACUGAACAUCGUGGAUUCGGAGUUUUUAUUACCAUUGAAAGACCCAUGGUGACUUACUUUCUGAUGCUGAAACAAAUUUUGACAUUUGAAAAUGUUCACUAUUGACUGAACGCAGCAUUCCAAAGGAAAUUAGUAGCUUGUAGCUGUUGGUGUUUUUUUAUUAGAGGACGUGAAUCCAGAACACUUAACCCAUGUGUAACACAUAUCUCACACUUUUGUGCCUUAUUUUGUUGUAAUACGAACACUGCCAAUACACACAACUGUUUCUUUUCACAUCUACUGAGCUGAUCAACUUGUUUAUUCCACUUGAACUUUUCUACAUGCUGUUGUGCCUGUUUAAACGGUUUAUAAACUUUUCUACUUUAUACUGAUGAAUAACUUUGAUUCCAUGCUGUUUUUAUAUGUCAUUAGAUUGUAAUAACUAAUUUAAUGAUAACAUUGGUAAGUUAGAAUGGAUUCAGGUUUCUGUAGGGAAAAGUCAGUGGAUAUAUUUUGGAAACCUUUUCCUGGAAAGUAUUACAUCUGCAUUUCAUUUGCAUUCAGUAACACGAGAGCUGAAAUCUAAUCAGUCGGGAUAUUAAAUAAACAAUAACCACA